AGUUACACAACAUAUACACACAUCAUCAACUUUCCACACCUGUGGAUAUCUCACACUAGAUCAGAAGCUAGUAUGCACAUGAAAAACGUUCUCAAAAAUUUUUUACAAAAAUGUGUGGAUCACUGGCCAAAAUCCCGAGUAGUAGUCCAAGCACAGAAUAGUUGAAGACAAUACUUCAUCUUGCCUUCAACUCUUGCUCAGCUCCCACCUAUACACCUAUCUACUGCUGCUGCUGAUGAUGAUCUGCUUACACAUGGCAUAAGCAGAGAAAAAGGAUAAAGAGGGUCAGCUCAUAGCUGAGUGAGAUAAUCAUAGCAUCGUGAGUUUAUAACAAAGCAUACCCCUACCAUACAUCUAGCAAACAAGCCAAAACACUGGGAUCAGAUCUCAGCCCUCCGACAUCCCAAUAGGCAAAAGACUCAACCACCUUGACUUAUGCAUAUGCAUCUUAUCAUGUUUUAAUCAUAGGCGCCUGGCUACUCCCAUGCUAAUAACUCUCCCGGGAAACAUACCCCACAUCCGGUCGGAUGUAGUCAUACAUACCCCAACAUCCCGUCGGAUGUGGUCAUACAUACCCCACACCACUAUGGGUGUAGUCAUACCCCGACACCACUCUGGGUGUGGUCAUAUCUCGUAAGAAAUCUUCAGUCACUACCACAUGAGAGGUGUGACUAUCAUACAUAUCAUAAUAGAGUAAUAGCAUAGGGAGCCCUAAUUACUAUGUAGUUGACCGUGAGACCACAACACUCAUAUUUGGUAUCCUUAUACAUGAUUCAUAUCUCAUAUUGCUUAAUCAUAAUUCGUUACUUGCACAUGUACUUGACCUGGCCACAAUUGACUCAACAUAGGUAAAUCAGGAGUCGUAUAAUUGCAUUUCCUCGGGAUAAACCCUCGUGCAAGUCAUCCUCCUUAAACGUCAUAAUAUCACCUGGGAAUAUAUAUUUUCCCACUUGUGCAUCCCAAUACAACAAUCAUGAAAAAUCAUAUCCAAUCACCUUCUCGAACCAUCAUAAGGCAUAUUCACAAUUAAACCCACAUCUGGCAACAUAUAUGGAAUUAUCAACAUAAACAAGGUCCAUAUCGGUUAGGGCAAGUCAAUAAUAUCAUACAGCAGUCUAGGGUUCAACAUAUAGCACAAAAGUUCAUACACCCCUAAUCAUGCCAUUCUAGUUCACCUAGGUCAAUUCUAAGCAUCAAUAUAAUUAUCGUGAUACGACACACCCGGUAUGCCGUGCUAAUCCCUCACCAGUUCUGGUCGUUCAAACACCGGUUUAACCUUCCCGUACUAAAACGUCAAUUUCAGGAACAAACCCCGAAUUAAAAUCCGAGACCGUCCUAAUAUGCCCUGCAGUAUCCCCGUCAAUAUUAGUUCUAGGCUCCGGGUCAAAUUCUUGAUAAAAACACAUCAAACCCUGGCCGGAGCUAAAUUCAGCGGUUUGGACCCCGGCCUAAAUAAUAGCUGAAAUUCAGGGAUUAGAACUAGAGGAUUGAUUACCUCGCUGCAGGAAGCUCGUAUAUGAAAUUUGGGCUCAAUCCGGCUUCCGGAUACCCCGAAACCCUAAUUUGGUUUAUCGGGAAUUCAAGAAAUUCCUGAACCAAAAACUCGUUUUAAAGCUCUAAAUCGAUAAAUCACGAUGUAUAGAUGAAUUAGGCAUUACUUACAGGAUUUUUGGAUCAGUAGAGCUCAAGAAUUUGAGCUUUGGAAAUUCUCCUCGCGAUGCCCUGUGCGCCUCUUGCUCGUCUGUUUUCUCUUGAUACGUGAAGUAAGAAGAAGAAGAUGGGAAAUGAAACGGUGGUGGAGGAUUUAAAUGUACAGGGAUAUAUAUAUAUAUAUACAUAUAUGGUGCCUUCUACGGUACCCCGGGUGAAAUCCAGGGUACCGCAUACCUUGAGUAUGAAAACGCUAUCUAGACCUCGAAUUAGCAGGAUUUUUGGGCAUGAUAUUAUACCCUAACCCUUAAUGAGUGAACCCUAGGUCCUAAUUAUCUAAAUCAUAAACUAUAAACCCUAAAAUGGUGCAUUGAUUUUUUUGCCUAUAUUUGGACGAAUCAUAACGGUCGAUUAUUGUUUCUAAUUAAAUUGAUCUUCGGGUAUAAGAUUUAGAUAAUUAAGACCUAGAUGUUGAUCUUUAAGAGUUAGAGUAUAGUAUCAUGUCCGAAAGAUUAGUCAAUUCAAUUCUGGAUAGCGUUUUCUUACUCAAGGUAUUCGGUACCCCAGAUUUCACCCAAGGUACCAUAGAACUCGCCAUAUAUAUAUAUAUGGUGACUUCUACGGUGCCCAGGGCAAAAUCCGGGUACGGGUACCUUGGCCGAUCUUAACCAUUCGUUUUCAAUCUUCACGGCUCACGUUUGUUAAACCUUCCUGCGCACUAAAUAACUAAACAAAUUACAAAAAGGCUCUUGCUGCGUUAAGUUUUUUUUCAUCCUAGUCCAACUAACUGACCCGAUUAAAUUAAAUUGAUUAAGACUGCAAACCCAAUUGGGUAGACCCACUGCCGCCCUAACCAAUUUCCAGUCUCCCUAACCAAUUACACGAUCCCUCUCUCGUCUUGGAGGGACACCCCUUCACAGUUCCAAGAGACGCUCCCCAUCCAAUUUGAACUCCCCAACUUAAUCAUCUUUUUGAAUCCCAAUUACUUGCAUCCACAUUCGACGUAGAUUGAAUUUCCCAAUUUAUUUUGCCUUGUUUCUUCUUCGCCAUUUUAUUUCCCCUCGCCUAUCUCUUUCUAACACGAUUACGGCGACCAUGUCUAUUAUUUUGUUCAUCAAACUUUUCAUUUGCAAAAGAACCCUUGAAAGAGGUUUGCUAACCCUAGGGUUCAUGUCGCUAGUGCUUUGUCAUCUUGUCUUAGCGUUAUUGUGAUUUUCUCGAACCUUAUAUCUCUCGGUGGAAUUUAGGUUUCCUGAUAUGUAGUGUUCGUCUCGCCCAGAGGAUUGAGGAAGAAGAUGAAGAACACAUAAUUUGAUUCGAAUCGGAUGGAGAGGUCUCCUUAGUUUGUGUUUAUGUAUUAACGGUGCGUUUAGGAGUAAUUCUAGUUGGACUAGGUCUGAUCAUUGAUUUUUGCAGGCUUUUAAAUAAGAUUCAACCGUGGGCUUGUACAUGACCCAUGCAAUAUUCAAAAGUGGGACUGGAACGUGCGAGCCCAUUUGUUUUCUCCUGCAAUAUCAAUUCGUGCGCCAACCCUAGUUUAACUAGCUUUACUUACCCUAGUUUAAGCUACACGAGUUAACAUCAUCAUUACUACAUAUCUUCCGAAAUCUUCUAACUCUUGACAUUCCAGACUCAACCGUCUCCAUCACACUCACGUCUCCACACUCAACCCCCACGAUCACUUUUUCUUACACCUACAUUCUCUCUUUCCUUCAUCUUCACCUUCCCUUGUUCCUUCUUCCUCUGACUCCAUGGCAAACAAAGAUAAAUCUUUUGCGGAAAUGGGGAUACUAUCUCUUUCAAACGAAGACUGCCGAUCCACCGCAAGUCUCGGGGACUAUCUUUCAUUCACAAGCAAGACAUCAAUUGUGGCCGAGUACGAGUUCAUCCACCUGAGUCCUUUCCCUGCAGAAGUAAAGAAGUUAAUUAAAAAUCUUGGCUGGGAAAAGUUCUUUGAUCUCCGGAGUCGAGGAAGCACCAGUUACUGCCCGCAUGUGGUGAGGAAGUUCUACCACAAUUUAGAGCUGUCUGGUCCCUGCGAUUCUCAUCUCGUGUCGAUCUUCCUGGGUCAUAGAGUCUGCUUCCAGCCUCAUCAGUUUGCUGAGAUCCUCGAUCUCCCCGCCGCAGGACACCCCAUUGAUAGCAGAAGCGAUCUUGGGCGGCUGUACGAUUUUGAGUUUGAAGUUGAACUGGCGAAACUGACGAAGGGGAGCAUCCAGGCUUCUUUCCUCCCAGAUCCUCUUCGAUUCCUCCACUGGAUGAUCGUCAACUGCUUCGUGCCAAGGUACCGUGGUCAUUCGAUUAUUCGUAAACUUGACCUGUUUAUCCUUGUGCAAGCUCAAAGAGGUGUUCCUGUUAACCUCGCAUCUCUCAUGUGCCUGAACAUGGUUGAGGCUGCUCCUAGAGGGGAAAACUGGUACACUGCCUUUCCAUAUGCCACCUUCUUGACCACCUUUCUUGAAAGGGUUGGGAUGGAUAUGGGGGUUUAUGCUAAGGAGGACCAGUGCGCCUAUUUGCCAGUCUACCGUAUCGUCGAAUUAACCAAUACUUUUAUUGACCUUCGGCAUACGGAGCAUGAAGAGACCCUUGAGGCAUCCUCAAGCAAACGUCCUCGGCUUACAUGAGAGUCGAUUGAUGCAGGGCGGGGUGGAGCGUUGGAGCAGCAAAGGGGCCAGCAUUGGAUGUCUUUUGUUAAUAAGUUUACUCAGGCUUUGUUGGUUUUUUUUUUCCAGUCUUAUUCUCCAGCACUCAAAACUGUCAGGUAUUGAGGGAAGCCAGUACAUCAUCUGACUAGGAAAGUCUCCCAUUUUUUUAAUUAUCCAGACAAAUAUUUUUCUAUGCAUGCAGUAUUUUGUGAAUUUGCCAUGGCUAAUUUUCCUAAGACAGGUGACGAGAUGUAGUAAUGGUCAUCCCUAAGCAAGGAGGUGCAAUUGCAUCCUACACUUGCUAUGAUGUGAGAAGCUAUUGCAAGGGUGCAAAUUUGCUUGCAAUUGAAAUUGGCCCACGAGUGGGGACUAUUGAUGAUAUUGCAAUGUUUUCUCAAAAUUAUAGAAGUGGAAGUAGGGGACUACCUAUGAAAUUGCAAAUGAAUUUCAUUGUGGGAG